AUGACCGGCUCCAAGGACCUCCCGCCCUCCACCGUCUCCUUCGCCAAGGUCUUCUGGAACAACCAGUUCCGCGAGAAGCCCGUCUGGCCCGACAAGCGCGCGGUCUCCCUCGCCGGCAAGACCGCCGUCGUGACGGGCGGCAACACGGGGCUCGGCUACGAAGCGGCCCUGCAGCUCCUGGGCCUCGGCCUGGCGCGCCUGAUCCUCGCCUGCCGCUCCCCGGACCGCGGCGAGGCCGCGGCGCAGAAGAUGCGCGCGCUCUCCCCCGAGGCCACCGUCGAGGUGUGGCCCCUGGACAUGGCCUCGUACGACUCGAUCCGCGCCUUCGCCGCCCGCUGCGAGGCGCACCCGGCGCGCAUCGACAUCGCGCUGCUGAACGCCGGCGUGUUCCGCAUGGGGUACCACGCCGUCCCGGCGACGGGCCACGAGGAGUGCCUGCAGGUCAACUACCUCUCCCAGGCGCUGCUCGCCGUCCUGCUGCUGCCGAUCAUGAAGGCCAAGAGGCGAGCCCACGACGAGCCCGCGCGCGUCACCUUCGCCGGCGCGGCGCUGGCCCUGGCGGCCAAGUUUUCCAAGCGCGGCGCGGACCCGCUGCUCCGGGCCCUGGACGAGAAGGCGGGCCACGACGCGCAGGACGCGUACGACUCGAGCAAGCUGCUCAUGCAUAUGUUCCUCUGGGAGCUCGUCGACCGCGUCGAUGCCGACGACGUGGUGGUCGACAUCGCGGACCCGGCGUGGUGCCGGGGCACGAGCCUGGCGCGCGACGGGAACGCCGCCGUCAGGGGAGCGGCGUGGCUGUUUGGGGCGCUGACGGGGCGGGAGCCGCGCGUGGGAGCGAGCUGCCUCGUGGACGGGAUCGUGCACCACGGCAAGGCGGCGCACGGGUGCUUCCUGAUGAGCUGGAAGAUCCAUCCAUUCGCGUCGUUCUUGUACACGCCCGAGGGCCGCAGGGUGACCGAGAGGCUGUGGAACGAGACGAUGGACGAGCUCGAGUUUGUCGGUGCUCGCAGCAUCCUGCGUUCUCUGAAGGCAUGA